AUGGCGAGGUCUUCUAAGAAAGCUUCUGCGAAAGCUAAGAAUAAUGUAAAUCAGGAAUACCUUGAUUUGAUAAAUCUACAAAAACAACAAUUUGAGCAACUACGAUGUAACUACGCUCAGCAGAAUGCACAGUUGGCAAAGUCAAAUUCACUAUUAAUGAUUAAAAUUACAGAUCUGGAGACGAAAAUUAGUGAAUUAAUUCAAGAAAAUGUCCAACUGCGCAACAAGUUAUCUGUUACGGAACUGAGAUUUAAAGAGCGAUUAAACAACUGUUUUAAUGUUUUAGAAGAUGGUGCUUUUCAAAGGUUUGAAGAAGUACUGAAUCUAUUUGUUGUAUUACGUGAACAGCAGGGACUGCAGGUGAAUGGGACAUUGUUAAAGCAAAAUAUUUCAAAGCGGCCCCAAAUUGGUGAAAAAAGAUCUUUAUCACCCAAGGUUGUGGAAUUCAAUGUUCCCACAUAUGAAAAUGAGGUCAGUGCCAAUAGAUGUGAUGAAAACCUGGAAUUGACCGCGGAUGAAGUUCUUCCGCUUAAAAAAAAGAGAAGAAAGAGCUCGAGAAGAGAGUCUUUAUUUAUUGCGUCCGAUUUUGAUUUCUCAAAUGACAGUUUUGAAAAUGCACUGAAAGACUUCGAGACUCCUAAACCAAAUAAGGCAAACCGCCAGACUUCUAACGAGGAAUCAACCAGUAAGGCGGAUAAUGGCACAUCUGGGGUAGAUGAGGAAGAUUCUGCCAACCUACGAAAUGACACUGAGGAGGGCAAUACCUCCGCGACUUCAACUGGAGCACCAGCAACAGUCAAUAAUAACGACAGCAAUCAAAAAGAAGAAAAUCUUGACGUAAAUAAUAGGAACAAUGAAGACAAUGAAAACAGGAAGGAAAACGGCAGCGAAGAGGCUAACGAGAACAAUGAACAUAAUACUGACAAAAACGAAGAAAAUCAACAAGAUGAAGCAGCAAACUUUACGCAUUCAAUAAUUGAGUACUUUAUACCAGAAGAAUGUGAUGACGAAGUCCUUGAUACUACCAACAGCAGCAGGUCAAAACUUGAAAUUUUCCAUGACUCAAGUAAUGGUUCAUCUACAGAAACAAAAAUAAUUAAUGGAACUGAACCUCAUAAUAAAUUAUCACCAUCGCAGCCGUCCUUUGUACAGAUACCAGUGUCUUCACAAUCAAAGAUAAAGCAUUCCAUGAAACCACGCAGGUCAAACCAGAAGAAAAUUGUUGACGAAGUGAUGCCUCAAAAUGGGUAUAGUGAUGAUACACAAAGGCCUAGGCGGACGCGUGGCAAAGCGGUGGACUACAAGUGGCCCUCGUUAAGAGCCAAAAUGAGACGACCUACAGACGAAUUGGUAGAUGCUACAACUGUUACCGAUAUACAUGAAUUACAAGUCCCUUCUAACCGCAAGCUGAAAAAGUCCAGGACUGAUUCAGACUUGUCAGACGGAGAAGAAGAUAUAGCUUCCAUAGCACAAGAAGAAAACAUUAAUAAAAUACCAAUUGCACUCCAGGAACCAGAAAUUAUAGAUAAAACAAACUCUCCAAGCGCGCAUAACAUACCAUCAAAUCUAGCGGAAACGAAUGCCAUUGAUAAGCCAAUAAGAAAGCCAAUGUUACUGAAAGACAUCACUAACAAGCAGCCUGCUGUGCAAAAAACUAAGAAAUUGCUUUCCAAGAAAGUUGUUGCAGAUAACGUCAAUGAUGAGAACUCUUAUUUUCUAGAGGAUAGUUCCAUUAACAGCUUUCGCCUGAAUGAAGAUGAUCUCUCUGUCUUCGAUUUAAUUAGCGACAUGAAGUGCAGCAAUUUACCGAAAACUCACAGAGCCAAAGCAAGAGCGGAACGUCAAGAAAUUAAGAAAUCUUCUGCAGUUGUCUAUAAUAAGUAA